ACAUAAUUAAUAUUUAUUUAUUUUAUUUACUUUAUUUUAUUUUUUUGAGAGGUUUUGGGGGGGGUCCAAUACCCUGGGCCCCCCCUCGUAAAUCACCACCGGUAAUGUACAUGACAAUAUUUUAUCAAAUUAUAAAUUGUAUAAACUUAUACGGGUAACAUAUAGUGCAAAUUUAUUAUUUAGAUAAUAUUUUAUCAUACUUUAAAAUUAGUAUUUUAUGUAAGCUAAAUAUACACUUCAGACCACUGUGCGGCGUGUCGUUUCCGGUGUUGGAGACCGGUGAAUUCCGGACCGAUAAUAUUUUAGCCGUAGGUUAGUUGCGGCCCGACAAUAUUUUAGCUAUAGGUGAGUUGUGGCUCGAAUAAUCAAACCCCUCCCGAAAUUCAGGAAAAUUAUUUUAAAUAUGUAUUUAUAUAGUAAAAUUGGUAUAUAAAUUAUAUUAUUAUGAAAAUGUUCAACUAAGACAUCAUUGAUCAGUGGAUAUAACUUUUGGAAAAAAGGAGGUAAGUAUAUUUACCACUACUCACAUGUUGGUCCCGCAAAAUUGUUCUUAACAUUAUUCAAGUAACCAGUGUAGCCACACCGACGAUAAUUGUAUAUUCUAAAUCACGGGAAAAUUUAACACAAUAUGAAGUUAUCAAUUAUUUUUCGCUCCUUUUCGAAAAAAUAAUAUUCCAAUUCAAAUAUGAUAGGAUCGUGAAAUGUGAAAAUGAACUGAUUUUUUAACGUUCAACCAAGCAUAAAAGUAUGUUUUAAAUUUAUAUUAAUAUUGCUUUAUUAGUAAACAGUAUGGACGAAGAUAAUAUAAAGGACUAUUUGUUUUCAAUCACUGAUGGGCAAGCUGAAUAUUCGGAUAUUGGCGGUGAUUCAGAUUAUGAAGACGAAUUAUUAAUUAUUAGUCCACAGCACAAAAUUACAAGAAGUACUUUAUCACAAUUAUCCAGCAAAUCUGAUUCCAUGUCAUAUGAAUCAGAUGAAAAUAAUUUACCAGUGACACCAGUAUUAGAUAUGUAUACUAACACACCAUCACCAGUAUUAGAUAUAUAUAUAUAUUAUCAUACCAACACCAUCUACUCUCAAUGUGUUAGCUAAUGAUUUUAACAUUAUGAAUAUGCCUGUAGAAAUAAUUGAAAAUAAUGAUGUAUUUACUGAAAUAAAUUUAAAUAAUGUUUCUUCGGGCAUUUUUCCUAACAUACCGUCAAUAAGCAACAAUUCACCCAUUGCCAAAAAAAGAAGAAUUCCUCAACCAAUAUUGACUUUCAAAUGGAAAAAACAAGGUAAUAGAUCAAAAACAUUUAGGAGAUUUAAAUUCACACAACCUUUUGGACCUAAUGUACCUGUUGUUAUAAAUAGUCCAAUUGAUAUUUUCAAAUUGUUUUUUGAUGAUAAUAUUUUAUAUACUUUCAAGACUCAAUCUGAAUUAUAUGCUGCUCGAUGUAAUCAACAUUUUGUUACUUCAGUUGAAGAAUUAAAAGCAUUUUUUGGCUGUCUGAUCAUAAUGGGAUUUCAUAAAUUACCUACUAUUCGUUCUUACUGGUCUUCUGAUACCAAUUUUCAAGGAUAUCAUCUGUUAUGCCAUUAAAAAGAUUUCUAUGUUUGUUAAGAUAUCUUCAUUUAAAUAAUAAUUUGGCUAUGCCUAACGAGGACAUGUUAAUUAUGAUAAACUAUACUAAGUGUGACCAUUGAUCAACAAACUAAAUGAAAAGUUUUUUUCAAAUUUCAACCCAUCAAGAAAUAUUGCUAUAGAUGAAAGUAUGGUUGCUUUCAAGGGAAGAACCACACUUAAACAAUAUAUGCCACUUAAGCCAAUCAAAAGGGGAAUAAAAAUUUGGGCAGCUGCAUGCUCUAAGACUGGAUACUUACUACAGUUUGAAGCAUAUGUUCCCAAAGUGUGCGAAGUGUCCAAAGUGUCCACGAUG